AUGAUCCACGACGCGUUUCAAGUUACAUAUCACGUUAGCAUCAACGCUCGCUCUCAGAAAGGAACGUUACCAGACCAAAUUAUCGCGUAUCAGUCGCUGCAUAUCAUGACAGGUACUGACAGUUGAUUCCUUUGCCACCGGUAACCGGUGUGCUACAUAUGUAGUCCAACAUCGAAGGUCAUUGUCUCAUUACUUUCUCCCAUGUCGUCUUCUCAACGGGUUUCUUUGCUCAAUUCACUGCCGUCCACAUCAGAGUCGCAAUGGCCGCAGGCUAACGAAUCGCUCAUAUUGGAACCAUUUACAUAUAUUACAUCCAACCCUGGCAAGGAAAUCCGCACGCUCCUCAUUGAAGCUUUCAACGAAUGGCUUGCAGUCCCGAACGACCAGCUCAAGGUCAUAGACCAUGUCGUUCAAAUGCUGCAUAACGCGAGCUUGAUGCUCGAUGACAUAGAGGACGACGCGCAGUUGCGGAGGGGCCAGCCUGUGACGCACAAGAUAUACGGCAUCCCACAAACUAUAAACUCCGCCAACUAUGUAUAUUUCUUGGCUUAUAAGGAGCUCUCGAACCUGAGGAGACUGGGCGGGGACGGCGACGAGGCGAGGGUGGUGGGCACCAGCAAUUUGGAUUUGGUAGUCACGGAGGAGCUUUUGAACCUUCACCGUGGCCAGGGGUUGGAGAUCUUAUGGCGAGAUUCGUUGAAGUGUCCAACGGAGGAAGAGUACAUUUCUAUGGUCAACAGCAAGACGGGCGGUGGUUUUAGGAUUGCUGUCAAGUUGAUGAUGGCACACGCAACGAAGAACCUCGACAUCGAUUUCGUCCCUCUGGUAAAUAUUUUCGGAGUGUACGUCCAAAUACGGGAUGACUACAUGAACUUACAAAGCACAGAGCACAGUGACAACAAGGGCUUCGCAGAAGAUCUCACAGAAGGAAAAUUCUCCUUCCCAAUCGUCCAUGGAGUACGUGCGGAUGAACGGAACCGAGUUGUAAUGAAUGUGCUACAAAAACGUCCUACGACACCGACCCUGAAACACCACACGGUUGACUAUCUCCGCACACAGACAAAGUCGUUCGACUACACGCUCGAGGUGAUGAGCAGCUUGGAGCGGCAGAUCCGGGGGGAAAUUGCGCGCCUUGGCGGAAAUCCUAAGAUUGAAAAGAUAUUGGAUGCCCUGCAUGUGGGACAUGAUCUGGGAUUUGUAGAUGAAGGAGUUGUACCUUGAUUAGGGAGUGAAUCUUGGACUUGUAACCACGUCGUUGAGGAUGUAGGGUUUCAACGUAACCACUCGGUUUAUCUGGGACGUUGUAACGUUGGAUCAUGAUCACAAGAUACUGUAAUACACUUGAGUCCCCUUGUCUUCAUUUCCACAUUUAUGGAAACUCA